AUGACUCUACCUAAUAUUGAUCAUGAGAAGCAAAUAUACUGCUUCAAAGUCUUCUAUGCUUUUCUUGUGGUGCUCUUACUACGCAUGAACAAUCCUUGCAUUGGAUGCAGUGAGAGGGAAAUGCAAGCCCUCCUUGCACUCAAACAAGGCCUCCUGGAUGACGACAAAAGCCUCCUUUCAUGGGGAAGAGAAGUGCAAAACAAAGACUGUUGCCAAUGGGACGGAGUCUACUGCAGCAACCACACUGGCGAUGUUGUUAAGCUUGAUCUUGGAGACCAAUCUUUGGAAGGUGAUAUUAGUCCUAAACUCAUUCACUUGCAGCAUUUGGAGUAUUUGAACCUCAGUUUCAAUUAUUUCUCUUUGAGCAAAAUUCCAGAUUUCAUUGGAUCUCUGAGCAAUUUAAGAUACCUUGAUCUCUCUUAUGCAAGUUUUGGAGAUGAAAUUCCAAACCAACUUGAAAAUCUCACACACUUGGAAUAUCUCGAUCUCAGGUCAUACUCUGAUUACCCAAUUUAUGCAAAAAACCUCAAUUGGCUCUCUAAUCUUUCUUGUCUAAAACACUUGGACCUCAGUUCUACUAAUCUCACCGGUGUUGUUGGUUGGCUGGAAGCAGUUAAUAUGCUUCCUAAAUUAAGAAACUUGAUAUUACAGGGGUGUAAUCUUCCUCCUCCAAUUAUAUCCGCUGUUUAUGUUAUGAACUCUUCAAAAUCUCUUGUUCGGGUCGAUCUCUCUUGGAACUAUUUCAAUGGUUCCUCAAUUCCUGCAUCUUUUGGAAACAUGAGCUCUCUUGCACAUCUUAUUCUCCAUCGUAGCCAACUUGAAGGAGGGAUCCCGAAUUCCUUUGCCAAGUUAUGUAGGCUGCGAGAGUUGGACCUUGGGAGUAAUAGUCUUAGUGGACAACUUUCAGACUUCGUUGAAACAUUGUCCAAAUGCGCUCAAAAGACAUUGGAGAGUUUGGAUAUCUCUUAUAAUCCUAACAUUUCGGGUUCAUUGCCUGAUCUUACGAACUUCUUAUCACUGAAACACUUGUCUCUCGGGGGCAAUAACUUAAGUGGAAGAAUACCUGAAAGUAUUGGACAAAUGUCCAAGUUGGAGACUAUUGGUUUUGGUGGGAAUUCUUUGGACGGAGUGAUUUCAGAAACUCAUUUUUCAAAACUCUCCAAAUUAAGUUAUUUGGAUUUAUCAUCUAACUCACUACUUUUAAACUUCAGUUUUGAUUGGAUUCCUCCCUUCCAGUUACGAGACAUAAACUUGAAGUCUUGUAAGAUGUGGCUGUCGUCUUUCCCAAAAUGGCUUCAAACUCAAAAAAAUUAUACAUGGCUUGAUAUUUCUGAUGCUGGAAUUUCUGAUACCAUUCCAAGUUUGUUUUGGGAUUUGUCACCAAAAUUGACAUUUAUGGAUAUCUCUCACAAUCAAAUGAGAGGAACAGUUGGAAAUGUUAGAUUGGAGUUUGCACCGCACCUAAAUUUGAGUUGGAACCAAUUGGAGGGUCCAAUCCCUUCAAUUCUAUCAGAAGUUUCAGCUCUAGAUCUCUCCCAUAAUAACAUUUCAGGGGCAGCUUCUUUUUUGUGUCCAACCAAGGAUAGUAGUUUAAGCUUUCUUGAUCUCUCAGGCAAUCAUGUAUCUGAAGAACUUCCAGAUUGUUGGACCUAUUUUAAAAACUUAGUCUUCCUUGAUUUGAGCAAUAACUAUUUCUUUGGAAAAAUUCCCACCACGAUGGGGUACUUGUUUAGUAUCCAGACACUAAGACUAAGUAACAACAGAUUUGUGGGAGAGUUGCCUCAAUUUGAUAAUUGUGGAAAGUUGACACUUUUUGACCUUGGGGAAAAUAACUUAUCAUGCUCAAUACCUAAAUGGUUAGGCGCUAGCCUUUCAAAUUUGGUUAUCUUAAUCCUUCGAGGUAAUCAGUUCUAUAGAAGCAUCCCGCCCCAAUUAUGCCAUCUGACACGCAUUCAAAUUUUGGAUUUGUCGAUGAACAACAUCUCUGGAACUAUACCCAAAUGUCUCAACAAUUUGAUUGUUUUGGCUCAAAAAGGAAAUUCAGAUCUAGCUAUCCAACAUGCAUAUUACACUUAUCUAGGAGGGGGACUUCGUAGUUGGCUUUAUGAUGAUGAAGCAUCUUUAACAUGGAAAGGGGUAAGGUCAAAUACCUCCAAGGAUUGGAAUGUUGCAGGAGUUAGAUUCCCUUGA